CUAAACUGUUCCAACUGAUAACUUUACUCUUGUAAUUUCACUCCUUGAACUCCGUGGGCCGCUAUUGGUCAACGUGUUGCAGUUGGAGAGAGGAUCUGAAGCAGAUCCUCCCAUGUCAUGUUGGUAUUUUAGUAGAAAGAAAAGAGGAGAAAGCACUGUUCAGGGACAGAUAAACCAUUAGACGGACACAUCAAGCGGAUAGAUUCUCCUUCAAAAUUUGUGGAUUAUAUCAACAUUUUUAAAUUUAUUUUCACAUGAAGAUAUUUUUGUGUUGUGAAAGCGAGUGUAACACCUUCUUUUGUGGGGCAACGUAGACUGUGGAUAGAACAAUGAGACGGCAAGUACUGUUUUUCAUCUCGAUCGUCUCCCUUGGUUUAGUUCUCGGACAAGUUAGCUACUCUAUUCCAGAGGAAAUGGCAAAAGGCUCUGUGGUGGGCAACAUAGCACGGGAUUUAGGUUUAGAUGUUAAGAGAUUAAAGGCAGGUAAAGCCCGUAUAUUUACGGGCGACAGUGCAGAAUACAUCGAGCUGAGCAAAGAAAGAGGAGUCCUCCAAGUGAAAGAGAGAAUCGACAGAGAGGCGCUCUACAGACAGACGACGCCUUGUGCGUUACAUUUGCAGAUUAUUCUAGAAAACCCGAUGGAGCUUUUUCAAAUAACAGUAGAGAUUAUUGACAUCAAUGACAACAGCCCCAGUUUUAAAAAUGAUGAGAAACGUUUUGAAAUUAGCGAAUCCGCAGUCACAGGAUCAAAAUUUGUAUUAGAUAGAGCGGUCGAUGCAGACAUUGGUAUAAAUGGUCUGAAAAAUUACAGCUUGAAACCUACAGAGAAUUUUUUACUGAAAAUACAAAGUCAGGCGGAUGGAAAUAAAAAGGUUGAGAUGAUUUUACACAAGCCGUUAGACCGAGAGAAAGAGGAAAAUAUAUCAUUGUUGUUAACAGCGAUAGAUGGAGGAGAACCUCAGAUGUCUGGUACAGUAAAGAUUUAUGUGACCGUGCUCGAUGCAAACGACAAUGCUCCUGUUUUUACGCAGUCGGUUUACAAGGCGGCAAUAGCGGAAAAUUCUCAGAAAGGAACAACACUGACGACAGUCAGUGCUUCUGAUGCAGAUAAAGGAACAAAUGGGGAAGUUUCUUAUUCAGUAUCGACCACUAUGGACAGUGUGUCUGAUAUAUUUACAAUAAAUGAAAAUGGUGAAGUAAUAUUAGUUGGUGAAGUUGACUUUGAAAAAGCCAAGUAUUUCCAAAUUGACAUUGAGGCUAAAGACAGUGGUGGUCUUUCUGAUUCCAGUAAGAUUAUAGUCGAUGUUAUUGAUAUUAAUGAUAAUAAGCCUGUGAUCAGUAUACUUUCCAAAUCUGAUUCAAUCCCAGAAGAUUCUCCUCAAAAUACAGUUAUAGUUAUCUUCAGUGUCCUUGACCCAGAUUCAGCUAACAAUGGUCAAGUGAACUGCAGAAUAAAUGGUAACAUACCAUUUACUAUAAGCACUUCUUCAACCAAUUUCUAUAGCUUGGUGACAGACAGUGAUUUAGACAGAGAGAGAGCCUCUGAGUAUAAUAUAACUGUGACCUGCUCUGAUGAGGGAGUCCCCUCCCUCUCCAGCAGCGUCACUCUCACCUUACAGAUCUCUGAUGUGAAUGACAACGCGCCUGUCUUUGAGAGAAGCUCAUAUGAGGCCUACAUUGUAGAAAACAACACACCAGGCCUCUCUAUAUUCACAGUGAAAGCCAGAGACGCUGACUGGAACCAGAAUGCCCGUGUUUCUUACAUACUGGAGGACUCCUCUGUUAACGGCGUGCCAGUCUCCUCAUAUGUGUCCAUUAGUGCUGAUAGUGGAGUCAUCCAUGCAGUGCGCUCUUUUGACUACGAGCAGAUCAAAGAUUUCCACUUCCACGUCAAAGCACAGGAUGGAGGCUCUCCUCCACUCAGUAGCAAUGUGACUGUGAAGAUACUGAUCCAGGACCAGAACGACAACCCUCCUCAGGUUCUGUACCCAGUCCAGACUGGUGGCUCUCUAUUGGCUGAAAUGGUGCCUCGUUCAGCAGAUGUGGGCUAUCUGGUGACUAAAGUGGUGGCUGUUGAUGUGGACUCUGGACAGAAUGCCUGGCUCUCCUAUAAACUGCAGAAAGCCACAGACAGGGCGCUGUUUGAAGUGGGCUUACAGAAUGGAGAAAUAAGAACUAUCCGCCAAGUCACUGAUAAAGAUGCAGUGAAACAAAGACUGACUGUUAUAGUGAAGGACAACGGGCAGCCCUCUCGUUCAGCUACAGUCAUUGUUAAUGUGGCGGUGGCGGACAGCUUCCCCGAAGUGCUGUCGGUGUUCACUGACUUUACACACGACAAGGAGUACAAUGACAACCUGACUUUUUACUUAGUGUUGGCUCUGGCCGUAGUUUCCUUCCUCUUCAUCACGUGUUUAGUGGUUAUUAUAUCAGUGAAAAUCUACAGAUGGAGACAGUCUCGCAUCCUGUAUCACUCCAAUCUCCCUGUGAUUCCAUAUUAUCCACCACGUUACUCAGACACUUUGGGGACAGGGACUCUCCAACACGUGUACAAUUACGAGGUGUGCAGGACGACUGACUCCAGAAAGAGUGACUGUAUGUUCGGCAGAGCUGGUAGUCAGAACGUGCUGAUAAUGGACCCCAGUUCUACAGGAACGAUGCAGCGGAUACAGAAUGAAAAGAGCAUCCUGGAUGAACCAGACUCUCCUCUAGAGGUUAGUUUCAUGGAAUGACAUAAAGUGUUGCAUUACACCCUUAAUGGCAGCAGUUUUUCUUUAUCUGUUUAUUACGUUGCACACUCAACUGGAGCCUCUUGGAAAUCUAGGAAUUGCGAUAUCGUUUACUUAUGCUUUUUUUCUUUUGCCAUUUUUCCACUUCACAACAAACCAUCCUUAAUGGUUUCAUAAAGACAUCUUCAACAACCAUCUCUUCACCUCAUAGUUUUAUUAAACUUGCACGGAACCAUAACCAUAAUUCAGGCGUGUGAAAAGUAUAGGAAUGUUUUGGAUUGGUUACUGGAAAACUUAAUUUCAUGGUAAAAAAAAUUUUGCUAUCAAUUUUAAUCCAGGGUCUUGCAUUAUCAUCACUUUUUGUUUACUAAGUUGGAUCUAAGUGUUUCAUAAGAAAUUCAGAGCGGUAUUUGCAAUGUCACAGAAUGACAGACGGAUUAUUUUUUCUUGGGGUGAAAUGCCCAUUGGAUCCACACGUGAUUCACAGUGUACCUUACUUCUUUAUCAUAUUUCUUUCUGCUGAACU